CAUCACACGUGCCGUCACUGGCGUGUAAACAGUAGCAUACUGAGAAGAUCUAGUCAAUUAUAUGUAUAACGUAUAUGUACUUUUUAACAAAUCUGGUGUAAAUCUGGAAUAAUGAGUUCGCAAAUAACUUGCGUUGGGUGGGUGAAAAAAGGAGUCGCUAAGGAAAUACCUGAUAAGGUGGAGCUGAGUAAAGAGGAGCUACAGCGUAUAAUAGCUGAAGCUAAAGACGAACUGGUGGCGGGCGGUGACGAUGGCAGUGAGGAGGAUGAGGGCAUGGGGAGCGGGAACUUGAGUGAGGAGGCAGAGGCCCAGGCCCAUGAGGAAGGAGCACAGGCUGGGAAGGGAGCUAAAAAUGAGGACAAGGAUGAAUUGGCCGAGUACGAACUCGACAAAUACGACGAGGAAGAUAUUGUAACAGCCAACCUUGGUGAUAGUUUAGCUGGUCUCACUGUGUAUGGCACCAAUGAGCAGGACCCCUACAUCACCAUCAAAGACACAGAUCAGUACGAGAGGGAGGACUUUCAGAUCAAGCCUAAUGACAACCUGAUCUUGGCCGGCAAGGCUGAAAAGGACUGCUGUAACUUGGAGAUUUACUUGUACAAUGCAGAAGAGAACUCCAUGUAUGUUCAUCAUGACAUCCUUUUACCGGCUUACCCGUUGUGUGUGGAGUGGCUCAACUUUGACCCCAACCCUGAAGAAACAGUAGCAAACUAUGCAGCCAUAGGUAACAUGACUCCCGUGAUUGACGUGUGGGAUCUGGAUGUGGUGGAUUGCUUAGAGCCAGCAUUCACUCUCGGAGGUAAAAAGGGCAAGAAGAAGAAGAAGAGGGGCAAAAAGGCUGCUGCUGCUGCAGAGCCUGCCGAAGGACACACAGAUGCAGUUCUAGACCUUUCCUGGAACAAACUUGUCCGGAAUGUACUGGCAAGUGGAUCAGCCGAUGAGACUGUAAUCCUGUGGGAUCUGACACAAGGGAAGCCAGCCACAACAUUAAGAAAACACACAGAUAAGGUUCAGACUCUGAAAUUCCACCCUUUUGAGGCUCAGACCCUUAUAUCUGGAUCCUAUGACAGGUCUGCUGUUCUGUACGAUUGCCGAAGCCCUGACGACAGCCAUCGCACCUGGAGGUUUAGUGGGCAGGUCGAGCGGCUUGUAUGGAAUCACUUUUCUCCUUUCAACUUCCUGGCAAGCACAGAAGAUGGCUUUGUGUACUGUCUAGACGCACGCUCUGAUAAGCCAGUGUUCACACUCCGAGCUCAUGAUGGGGAAGUUUCAGGUAUGGACCUGAGCAGUCAAGUCAAAGGAUGCCUGGUCACCUCAUCAGCUGACAAGCAUGUGAAGAUCUGGGACAUUCUUGGGGACAAACCCAGUCUUGUUCAUUCCCGGGACAUGAAAAUGGGAGUGCUAUUUUGUGCGGCCUGUAGUCCCGACCAACCCUUCUGCUACGCAUUUGGUGGACAGAAAGAUGGCCUUCGCGUUUGGGACAUAAGUGACGUUGCAGCAGUGACUGAAGUAUUUGGAAAGAGGGAGAGGUUAGUGGCGAACACCUCUGAGGCUUCCAGCAGCAUGGAGGUCUCCUAACUCCCCAAGCCUCACAUCUGAUCCAGCGAUACACAAAUACAUCUAUUUAAGAGCAAAAGACUCGUCCAUGGGACAACAAACAAAGGACCAUUUGCUGAACUAUAUGGACCGACUUCUUCUGCUCUUGAUCACACUGCUCUGUGUUGAUGAUGGGACAUGAGAAAGAAAAGAAGACUUGUAAAGAAGAUUUGAUCUGGACAGAUAUAGCAGUGGUGUCUUACAAGGACACCAUUCAAUGAAUCUCAAUGUCUAAGAAUGGCCUGCAGUUUGGUCUGCGGGUUUACAGUCCGAGUGGUAUAUAAUAAUGGAUUAUAUUACCUAAUGUCUGAUAGGUUAACACAGCCUAGUACCAUUGUGUAUUUGUACAAUAUAUUGUCAACCAAAUUACUGUAUCUAGUGCACAAUUCACUGUCAAACAAUAAUUUGAGAAAUAAAAUCAAUGUAAGAUUUAA